AUGAAUCAAGUCAUUGUGUCUGAUUCGAACCGAACACCCAUUAUCCAGAUCGCCACUUGGUUUUGCCUUGUAACGAGCCUUCUGGCUUUUCUCACGCAUGCCACCAUCAAGUUCUAUGUUUUCCGAUCUCUAAAAGUGGAGUCAGGGUUUGUACUCAUAUCUUUGGUCUUCUGCAUUGCACAGUCGAUCGCUGUGAUAUUACAAACUGAACAUGGUUUUGGAAAGCCAAUGACGACCUUAAGCAACUACGACAUCCAGUCAGAGCUCAAGAGUGAGUAUGCCGCAACGAUAUUACUGAUUGCCUCACUCGGUUUCUCGAAGCUCGCAGUUAUAGCAUUUGUCCAAAACUUAACACCGUCCCAGCUGCACCAAAAAAUCAACCUUGGUGUAGGAAUUUCCGCAUCUUUGUGGUUGUUGUGCUCAGUGUUGGUAGCGACUUUCCAGUGUCCUAUGCCACAUCCGUGGGACAAAACGCUCGACCGGUGCAUAGAUCGUUUUUCCUGGUGGAAUGCUGUGUCAAUCUUGAACAUUGUGACAGAAAUCGCAAUCGUGACGUUGGAACUCGGUAUAACAGCACAACUUCAUAUAGCACGUCAAAAGAAGGCAGUUGUUAUGAGCAUCUUCGCAUGCCGGUUGCUAGUUUUCAUUGGUGCUGCAAUUCAGCUUGCCUUUGUCUUUCACGAAAACAGAAACCCCUCCAUGAAACACGACUUGACCCUCGGGUUCUGGCGCUCAACAAUCUGCAAUCAGAUCGUUCAGUGUCUUGCUAUCGUCACGACAUGUCUGCCAUAUACCAAGAUAUUCAUGGAAGGCUUUGAAUCGGGGCUUAUGCGUUUGGAUGACUUGCGCCGACGAGGUGAACACAUCACGAAGGACGACUCAAGAAGGGAGUAUCAACUUAUGGAUGUCUCACGUUCUACUCGUGACAACACCAUCAAUGUGUCAAAGAGCUGGGCUGUUCAGGUGGAGCCUGCUAAGUGCGCUUCAUCUUCGUAGCGUUCGCGUG